CAGGCUGGGGGUGGCCUCUGCGUGGAGAUGGGGGGGCGGUGGCGGCCACAGCGGAGGCUCCAGGAGGUGACCGCCUGAUUUCCAUCAGGGAGCCUGGUCGGCAGCUCGGGCAAGAAGGCAGAGCUGGGGCUGGCCAUGCGGCUGAGCCUGCUGCUGCUCCUGCUGCUGCCCGGCCCCCCACCCGCCUUGGGCAUGGAGGACGCUGCCUUCCCCCACCCUGGGGAGAGCUCGCAGCCCCCGCCUCGGGCCUGCCCGCUGCGCUGCUCCUGCCCCCGGGACGACACAGUGGACUGCGACGGCCUGGACCUGCAGGUGUUCCCGGACAACAUCACCAGGGCGGCCCAGCACCUCUCCCUGCAGAACAACCAGCUCCAGGAGCUCCCCUACAACGAGCUGUCGCGCCUCAGCGGCCUGCGGACCCUCAACCUCCACAACAACCUCAUCUCCUCCGAGGGCCUGCCCGACGAGGCCUUCGAGUCGCUCACGCAGCUGCAGCACAUCUCCGUGGCCCAGAACAAGCUCUCGGUGGCCCCACAGUUCCUGCCUCGCUCCCUCCGGGUCGCAGACCUGGCCGCCAACCAAAUGACGGAGAUCUUCCCUCUCACCUUCGGGGAGAAGCCGGCGCUCAGGGCCGUGUACCUCCACAACAACCAGCUGGGCAACACCGGCCUGCCCCCCGACGCCUUCCGCGGCUCCGCGGCCGUCGCCACUCUCAGCCUCUCCAGCAACCGGCUCCGCUACGUGCCGCCCAGCCUGCCGCCCGCGCUGGAGCGCCUCCACCUGCAGAACAACCUCAUCUCCAAGGUGCCCCGAGGGGCCCUGAGCCGCCAGACCCACCUUCGUGAGCUCCACCUCCAGCACAACCAGCUGACAGACAGCGGCCUGGACGCCACCACCUUCAGCAAGCUGCACUGUCUCGAGUACCUGGACCUGUCCCACAACCAGCUGGCCGCGGUGCCCGCCGGCCUGCCCCACACCUUGGCAGUGCUGCACCUGGGCCGCAACCGCAUCCGGCAGGUGGAGGCAGCGCGGCUGCGCGGGGCACGGGGCCUGCGCUACCUGCUGCUGCAGCACAACCCGCUGGGGGCGGCCGGGCUGCCUGCCGGGGCGCUGCGGCCGCUGCGGGACCUCCACACGCUGCACCUCUACGGCAACGGGCUGGACCGCGUGCCGCCUGCGCUGCCCCGCCGCCUGCGGGCCCUGGUGCUGCCCCACAACCGCGUGGCCAUGCUGGGAGCCCGUGACCUGGCCGCCACGCCGGGCCUCACCGAGCUCAACCUGGCCUACAACCGCCUGGCCAGUGCCCACGUGCACCCCCGGGCCUUCCGGCGGCUGCGUGCCCUGCGCAGCCUCGACCUGGCCGGCAACCAGCUGACGCGGCUACCCGCCGGCCUGCCCGCCGGCCUGCACACCCUGCGGCUGCAGCGGAACCAGCUGCGGGCCCUCGAGCCCGAGCCGCUGGCGGGCCUGGACCAGCUGCGGGACCUCAGCCUGGCACACAACCAGCUCCGAGUGGGCGACAUUGGGCCCGGCACCUGGCAUGAACUGCAGGCCCUCCAGGUCAGGGGUGGGCUGGUGCUGGACCUGAGUCACAACCAGCUGUCCUUCAUGCCCCCUGACCUGCCUGAGGCCCUGGAGGAGCUGCACCUGCAGGGCAACCGCAUCAGCUAUGUGGGCCCCGAGGCCUUCCUCAGCACGCCCCGCCUGCGUGCCCUCUUCCUCAGGGCCAACAGGCUUCACAUGACCAGCAUCGCACCCGAGGCCUUCCUGGGCCUCCCGCACCUGCGUGUUGUGGACACAGCAGGUAACCCUGAGCAAGUCCUGGUCCGGCUGCCACCUACAGCCCCACGUCGGCCACGGGCAGAGGGCCCCUGAACCCAGAGGGGCCCAGCGGUGCAGCCCAGGCCCCCGGGGCUCCGCUGGGCCAUGGACUAAGGGGACGGCGCCCAACUGGGGCUCCACCUGGCUCUCCCAGACCUCGAGGGCUGGGCCCGCCUGAGCCAUGCUGGGUGGGGACACUACCUCCACUCACAGAACGGAACAGAAGCAUGCGGCUCGCAUCCCAGGCGCCAGAGCACGCCGGCCCUGCCCCCCACCCCACACAGAUGGAGACAGCGACAAUAAAGUCUAACCCUUUGAAUUGCUCACCA